CAAUAGUGUUGAUGAACCUAGGCGGACCUUCAACGUUAGAUGGUGUUGAAGAUUUUUUAACAAGACUAUUUUCAGAUCCUGACCUUAUCCCAAUCCCAUUCCAAAAAUCUGUGGCCCCGAUUAUCGCAAAAAGAAGAACUCCUAAAAUUCAAGAACAAUAUGCGAAAAUUGGCGGUGGAUCGCCUAUAUUAUUUUGGACCCAGAAACAAGGUAGCGCGUUGGAAAAGUUGUUGGAUGAAAUAAAUACGAUAACUCAAAUGAAAAAAGAUGGUGUUAAACGUGCAAUUGCUUUCACUCAAUACCCACAAUACUCUUGUUCAACUACUGGUAGUAGUCUAAAUGAACUUUGGAGGAAGUCUGACAUUGUAGACCCUGAAAGGUCAAUUACUUGGAGUAUUAUUGAUAGAUGGCCAACUCAUCCUGGAUUGAUCGAAGUAGGCACCAUAAGUUUGAUUAAAGACACUAAUGUAUUCGCUAAGCACAUCGAAAAAUCACUUCUUACUUAUCCUAAAGAAAUUCGGGACAAAGUAGUUCUCUUAUUUUCUGCUCAUUCACUCCCUAUGGUAGUAGUAAAUAGGGGAGAUCCUUAUACAUCAGAAGUAGCUGCAACAGUACAUGCAGUCAUGGAAAGAUUAAAGUUUUCAAAUCCUUAUAGAUUAGUAUGGCAGUCUCAAGUUGGACCGCAACCAUGGCAAGGUCCACAAACUCAAGAUGCUAUAAUUGGACUUGGUGAAAAAGGAGAAAAAAAUAUUUUAUUGGUUCCAAUUGCUUUUACAAGUGAUCAUAUUGAAACUUUAUUUGAAUUGGAUUUGGAAUAUGCUCAUGAAGCUGAAAAGGUAAUGAAUGCUUGA